UGAUUCAGCUAUUUUAUGUUGCAGAGUUAGCAUGUCUGUAUGUCCAGUCAACUGACGUGUAAUACAAUGUACUACUCGCCACUGGUAUUUCUUGGUCUGGCUACCACCGUGUGUGCAUUUACUCUCAAUCGGCAGGGGCUGGAUCGAUACCGGUACGAUAUCUCAGAUGAACAGGUCGAUAAUAGACAAGAUCUUCAGGAGAAUGAGGUGUGGUACUGGAGGUCACAGGCCGAGCAGACACUGAGGCAGAAGCUCAAGAUCAAGCAGAUCGAAGGAGUGGCAAAGAACGUCAUCUUCUUCUUGGGUGAUGGCUUGUCUAUGACGACUAUCACCGCAGCCAGAAUAUACCUUGGGCAACUGAACAAUCGAUCUGGGGAGGAUACCAAGUUGAGCUUUGAACAGUUUCCCUUCACCGGGCUUGCUAAGACCUACUGUGUGGACAAACAAGUGGCGGACUCUGCCUGUUCCUCGACAGCUUAUCUUGGCGGAGUCAAGGCCAACUACGCGACCCUAGGUGUGACAGCAACGGUGCCUAAGGACAACUGUUCAUUGUCCCAGGACCCUAGGUAUCACGUGGACACUGUACUGGACUGGGCUCAGGAGGCAGGUAAAGGAACUGGCCUGGUCACCACCACCUCCAUCACACACGCAUCACCGGCAGGACACUACGCCCACAUAUCCUACCGUGAAUGGGAGAGUGACUAUGAUAUGCUGACACAGAAAAUUACAACUGAUCCUAAAAACUGUCAGGACAUCGCGAGUCAGUUGGUGCACAACGCUCCGGGCAAGAACUGUAAUGUGCUGCUCGGUGGAGGACGCAAGAAAUUCCUACCCGCCAAUCCUAUCAACCCUUCCUGGGGGGAAGGGGAACGCAGAGACGAACGUAACCUAGUGAUGGACUGGCAUCGUGAUAAGGCCUACAGGGGCAAGGCACAGUAUGUGUCCAACAGGAAACAGCUGCUAGAUGUCGACAUCAAACACACUGACUACUUACUAGGCUUGUUCCAACCGUAUCACAUGUUGUACCACUUGGAAGAGGGGAAUAACGAGCAGCCAACACUGACGGAGAUGACGGAGGUGGCUAUUAGGAUGCUGCAGAAAAACAAGCGAGGAUACUACCUUUUCGUGGAAGGUGGCAAGAUCGACCAGGCUCACCACAAAAACUACGCGCGGAUGGCUUUGGAUGAGACAGUAGAGUUCCACAAAGCGAUUCAGAGAGCUCUGGAGAUGGUAGACGAGAAAGACACUCUGGUGGUGGUGACUGCGGACCACAGCCAUACCCUAAACAUGGUGGGCUACCCCUUGCGUGGGGAUGACAUUCUGGGAGGGGACCUGAUCUCGAACCAGGAUAAUCUUCCUUACACUACCCUCAGCUACGCUAAUGGGCCCAGCGCUGAGAUAAACAGAACUGGCCUCCGACGGAACAUCAGCAAUGAUAACUUACAGGACAUCUAUUACCAAUACCCCUCCAUGGUAAAUAGAGACAAAGAGACACACGGAGGAGAGGACGUUGCCGUCUUUGCCCGAGGCCCUUGGGCCCAUCUUCUUACUGGCAACUUCGAGCAGAACUUCAUACCCCAUGUGAUGCAGUUCGCGGCUAGGAUUGCCCCUACAAGGAAACUUACCGCAGCUUCUUCCUGUGGGACUAAACAAGCCCCUAUUGGGAGUGCUUAUGGCAGCCUUCCUGUUCUCGCGUCGACUCUUAUAACAGUAUUAUAUUAUAUUUCAUCUUACAGAUUUUUCAGAGUUCAAUUUUUUGUGGAAAAUUCUAUGAUGUAUCAAUAUAUAGCUUGAUAAAUAUUUUUUUCCUGUACCAAUAGAUGCCUUUCAUGAAGAAGUAUUGUCUGUCACUUCAUGAAAUAAUCUUUUAGCACUAUAGUACAAUAUAAAAUUUUAAAAUAUCACUGAUUCUUUGAGCUAAGAUGAUAACUAGUAAUAAGGGAUUGUUGCUAAAGGCAUUAAAUGCAUUUCAAUCUCCACAUCUCAGUUUAAGAGAGAGAGAGAGAGAGAGAGAGAGCUUUCAGAAUAAGAUAUUAUUCUUUGUUACAUUUAAAGGCUACACAGUAUUUUUAUACCACUGACUUUUAUUUUGCAGGAGCAAAACACAAUUCGAAUAUUAACGACCAUCCGUCUGUUAAUGAUGCAUAUAACUGGAACGUAAUAAGCGUGAGGCCAACUUCAAACUCACCGAUACGCAUUACGAAUAUAAUAUUAAAUAAUCAUUAUUUCGUAUAAACAUACAUUAUGGUCACCACUCCUUGAAUAUUAACUACUAACUUUUACACAUCAGUGGGUAGUUGUUAUCAAUCAGACAUCAAUUAUUCAUCAUUAUUCAGUAUAGUAAAUGCAAUGAGAAAAACUUAACAGCAUAUGUGGCUCUUUAGCAACUCCCUCCUACAAACAACCCAUAAUCCCAUCGAUAAUAAUUAUUAGUCCGUAUUAAUAUAAUAUAAUAAUCAUAUUUUUGUACAAUAAGAAACACCACAAUCGGCUAUUUGACGGUUUGCUCCAACAAGUAACUAAUAGUUAACAUCUAAAAGUCAAUAAAAUAUAUCUAAUAUUACAAAUAUGAUAAAAAAAUAGAAUACUAUAUCCACUAUUUUCGUACCUAUUCCUUCCUCUAAACCUUAACAAUAGUAAUUAUGAAUCAGCUUUACAUCAAUAAAAAUAAUAUAUUUUUGCGUAAACUUGUCAUUUUGUGAUAUUAAAGAAGCUGUAACACUGUUUCGAGA